AAGUAAAUUAAUAAAAUAUAAAGGGAACAAAAAGAAUGUCUCUCCCAGUUUACCUCUCUCCCUAAACCCUAACCUUAACAAAAUUCCUCUUCAAAAAUGGCGUCAAUGCAUUUCACAGUAUUCACUCUCUUCACAAUCUUCCUUCUUUCAUCAUCAGCUUCACCUUUCUCCAUUUCUGUAAACAACAAAUUUUCAUCAUCUUCAAUUUAUGAUGUUCUUAACUCCCAUGGACUCCCUGUUGGUCUUCUACCUAAGGGAAUUAACAAUUUUUCAAUAGAUCCUUCAUCAGGUAGAUUUGAGGUACAUCUUCCGCAGUCCUGUGCUGCCAAAUUCGAAACCCAUUUACGUUAUGAUAGUACCGUGUCGGGUACCCUAAAUUAUGGUCAGAUUUCAGAAAUUUCUGGUGUAGCGGCUGAGGAACUCUUUCUUUGGUUCUCUGUUAAAGGGAUCCGUGUUGAUAUUCCUAGUUCUGGGUUGAUUUAUUUUGAUGUCGGAGUUGUUUCUAAGCAGUUUUCCCUUUCUUUUUUCGAGAUUCCACGUGAUUGCACCAUUACAAAUGAUGUGUUGCCUAAAGAUCUCAUUUUGUUCGAUAAUCGUGGGAGAAUUGUGGAGAACCUAUCAAGGAAGUUGAUUAAAGAACGACCAAGAAAUAGCAAGGCCAGGGCUGUAUCCUAAAUUGGAGAGAUUGAAAGCAUAAUGAAUGGCAAUGAAUUACUGGUUCUUCCUCAAGGAGCAUAUCCAAGAGUUCAUUUUUUCUCCUUUGUGUGUUUGCUAUAUCUGACAUUCACAUCAUAGAGUCGUGGGAGUGUUGUUGAUAUGGAAGACUUCAAGGUAAUGGUAACCUGAAUCCUCUAUGAAUAUAUAUUACAUAGUUUGUAGAUGUAUAUAUAGUUAUUACAAGUGUAUGAUUUUGUUCUAAUCAUAUAUACAAUCUGGGAUAAUUUUAGUUUUUGUAAAUUGGAGUUGAGAUUAUUGUUGUGCUAACUCAACAUCUUGCCGUGGUUUGAAGUGUGACAAGCUAAUGCAUAAUUUGAAGUCAUUAACAUAUUAUCAUUUUGUUUCCA